CACACACCCAUCCCCACCUCCGGGCUGGGAAGUAAAAGUACCGAAUGGCCAGAGCGCUCGCGGGCAGCAGGAAAAACUUUUGCUACCCGAGCGGCGGGACCGUGAAAGGCGAGUCCUGAAAUUGCGGAUAAAACAGACCUGACAGAAUGACAACUAUCGCCACAAAGAGCAGCUACCUGGAUCAAUCCCGGAAAACGUUCUGCAAGAACCCGUUUCUCAGUAUCAAGUUCUUUGUUUUUUGCCAUGGGCUCCUGCAGCUCUCCCAGCUCCUGAUCUCUGGCUACCUGAAGAGCACCAUCUCAACCAUCGAGAGACGAUACGGCCUGUCCAGCCAGACAUCGGGGUUACUUGCUUCCUUCAAUGAGGUUGGAAACACGCUGCUGAUCGUCCUCAUAAGUUACUUUGGGAGCCGAGUGCACAGGCCCCGUUUCAUCGGCUGUGGUGCAAUUCUCGUCUCCCUGGCCGGAUUUCUGAUGUCUCUCCCUCACUUCAUAACGGGACCCUACGAAUACGACCACUCCAUUGCCAGCAUGUUCAGCAACGCUACCGACCUCUGCCAGCCUGACGGCCCGGGGGCCGGUGGGAACCUCAGUGAUGCCAGCUGCAUGCCCCACACCGUGAAGGAGAACCACGAGGUCCUCCUCGUCAUGUUUGUGGCCCAGGCGCUGCGAGGCAUCGGCGGCGUCCCCAUCCAGCCCUUCGGGAUCUCCUACAUUGAUGACUUCGCCAGCGAAAGGAACUCUCCCCUCUAUUUGGGGAUCCUGUUCUCUCUGACUGUCAUCGGGCCCGGGGUGGCCUUCAUGCUGGGCUCUGCCAUGCUGCAUUUUUACGUCGACAUUGACAAAGUCAGCGGAGAGGAAGUCCAGCUCACGAACGAGGACCCACGAUGGGUUGGCGCUUGGUGGCUUGGUUACCUGGUCGCAGCCAGUCUCGUGGCCGUGUCUGCAGUGCCUUAUUUCUUCUUCCCACGCGAAAUGCCAAAAGAGGUGACGAGCGGGGAGGAGAGCUGCAGCAAGGAGAGCGAGGAUGUGCUCACCCAGCUUCGGUCGAGAUCCGAACACAUGCAAAACAUGUCUCUGACCAAGUUCAUCAAAUGUUUUCCCCUGGUCUUGUUGAGGAACCUCCGACAUCCUGUCUACCUGCUGGUGGUCUUGGCUCAGGUCAACCUCUCCGCCAUGGUCGCUGGUUUAGCGACAUUCAUGGGGAAGUACUUGGAAAGACAGUUCUCCCUCACAGCAUCCUUUGCCAACAUGAUCAUUGGUGCCGUGAACAUCCCCGGGUCGAUGGUUGGGAUUGUGGUGGGUGGUGCCAUCAUGAAGAAGUUCCGGAUGUCCCUGAGACAGUGCGGCGCCUUGUGCAUCCUUGGCACAUUCCUCUGCGUGGUCCUGGCUUUUCCCCUGCUUUUCCUCGGCUGCCCAACGCAGAAGGUUGCUGGUGUCACCUACAGUGAGAGCUCUGAAUUUGGACACCAAGCUUUGGAGUGCAACCUUCACUGUGACUGCCCCGAGAAAGCCUAUAACCCCAUCUGUGGCUCUGAUUCGAUCGAAUACAUCUCACCGUGUUAUGCUGGCUGUAACGUCAUAAAUAUCGAUGCCGUUAAGAACUCAGUCCUGAACUACACCAACUGCAGCUGCAUCUCCGAAAACGGGAUGGCAGGUUCUGCCAAACCUGGGACCUGCGGCACCGGCUGCUCCCACCUGCUCCUUCCCUUCGUGGUGUUGUCCUGCCUGGCGGGGAUCCUUGCAAGCACGUCCCACACGCCAUCCUUCAUGCUCAUCCUCAGGAGCGUCCAGCCUGAGGACAAGUCGUUCGCGGUUGGGAUACAGUUCAUGCUGCUAAGAGUUUUAGCAUGGAUGCCCGGCCCGGUCCUCUACGGCAGCGCCAUCGACACAACCUGCAUCCUCUGGGAGAAGAGGUGUGACAAGAACGCUGCCUGCAGAUACUACGACAACAAUCUCUUCAGGCACAGGUAUCUUGGACUCCAGUUUUUCUUUGAAGUGGGAGCUUUCCUGUGCUUCGUGACUGUGUAUUUCAUUCUCAGACGGCAGGAGAGGGAAGCCAGGAACGUAGCAGAGUCAAAGACAAACCAAGAAAAGGAGAAACUGGCAGAAAAUUCCGUAAAGAGCCCAGAAUCCAAGGUGUGAAAAGAAAAUGUGAAUUGCAGUCCGUGUCCCGGGAGGGAAAGCCACGUGAACCACCCCUCACUUGAACUGUGAAGGCUAGAUGCUUGGAGCAGCCGAAGAUAGGACUGCUUCCAGGUGGGCUGUGCUACUGCUGUGCUGCCUUGAGAGUCCUCCUAUAUGCUCUUCUAUACCUGCCUCCACCCGAACGGUGCAUCUGCACAUUUGCAUGGAUCAGUCCACACACAUUAAUCUUUGGACACCGCAGUCUCCUGGAUUUAUAUUCCUCUAAGUGUUUGUUCCUGCUGACACUCUCAAUGAUGCCAGCACUGAGCAUUAACCAUACAGCUGAAUUUUUUUUAUUAUUAAAUGCUUUUUAAUAAAUGGUUUUGUACUGUA